AUGGCCUCGUAUGAUGAACAACAAGGAAAGCCUUUACCCAAAUUUGGGGAAUGGGAUGUGAACGAUCCUGCUUCAGCCGAAGGAUUCACUGUUAUAUUCAACAAAGCCAGAGAUGAAAAGAAAAUUGCCUCAGUUUCAGGACGAUUCCCUUCUCAGCGAAGACUUGAUUCUCGAAAGCGCAAGAAUCAUAAAAAGAUCAAGAGUUCCUCUAACUCAAAGCAAAUUGUGGUGAAACAAAUAUCACGUGGAAGUAAGGACUAUGUUGACUGCAUAAUUUACGAGGAACAGAACAGAACAGGAAAGUGCAAGGAUCGAUUCAAUGCCACUGUUUGA